UUUGGAAGCUACGUUGUUAAUCUCGAGGCAUUUCUACAAGCCUCACGAUGGUUUGCUGUUCAAAGUACGAUGGAAAAACACGAUUGGAUGGAAAGACAGCUAUUGUCACCGGUUCAAAUACGGGUAUUGGCAAAUACACUGUUUUGGAUUUCGUAAAGAGAGGAGCGCGGGUUAUCAUAGCCUGCAGAGACACCACGAAGGGCGAGGAAGCAGCCAAGGAUAUCCGUAAACUGACGGAGAACGUGGAGGGGGCAGGUACAGUGGAUGUCGUGUGCCUGAACCUGGGAUCCCUCGCCUCCGUGCGGAAGUGUGCACAGGACCUCCUUAGGACAGAGGACAAGAUCCAUCUUCUAGUCAACAACGCAGGGGUCAUGGCGUGUCCCCAAGGCAAGACAGAAGAUGGGUUCGAGACCCAGUUUGGGGUCAACCACUUGGGUCAUUUUCUGUUCACUUGUUUGCUUCUGAAUCGUAUUAUCCGGUCAGCCCCCGCUAGGAUCGUCAAUGUAUCGUCUAGUGCGCAUGACUGGGGAACAAUGAAUUUUGAGGAUAUAAACUUGGAGCAGUCUUACACCCCCAUCAAGGCGUACUGUCAGAGCAAAUUGGCUAAUGUGUUGUUCAGCAAGGAGCUGGCAAAAAGACUUCAAGGUACGGGGGUGACCACGUAUUCUGUGCACCCUGGGGUAGUCAUCACGGACCUUCAGCGUCAUAUGGACGACACCUUCUUCAAAGGAGCACAGUCUUUAUUCCAUGGAAUUGGGUCCUUCUUCUUGAAGAAACCUGAGGAGGGAGCUCAAACUACGAUCUACUGCUCAGUGGACGAGAAGUUGGCCGAUAAAACAGGGCUCUACUACAGUAAUUGCAAAGAGAAGUCGUCAUCAACCCAAUCCUGCGACCCUGAGGCGGCCAGGAAGCUUUGGGAACUGAGUAUGAAGUUGGUGGGCCUGGGUAAUUGGAACGCCAUCACAGCGGGCGACGUUGCAUCACGGAACUAACCUGCAAGGCACUGCGCAUGUCUGACGGAGCUAAUGUAUCAGCACAAGGCGAGAACGUCACAUGAUAGUAACAACCACACCUUUACUUAAGGUUUUUAGUGUAGAGUGACUUAGCAUUAAUUAAUCACGUAACUCGCCAAAACAAUAUUUAAUAACUUAUUCUGUAACGCAAAGAGAACACAACACACACCAUUACAAAGAUUAAUGUACCCACUAGUCUUUAUAAGGUAAAUUCUGUUUUAACAUAUGACGAUCUGAAUCAGGCUGCCACGUUUAGGUGAAAAUAAUGAAAAAAUAAGCAGGAGUAAUGUUUUUUGGAAGCUUGAUGAAGGCUGAGAAAUUAUGGUAUGACAAGUUGCUUACACUGAACGAAGUUCAAACGAAGGGUUAAGGGACCACAGACGUCUUCAGAGGGUGGAGGGAUGAACUUUUAAAUCUGUCAUUUUAACGUUUUGAAGACUGGAUAGGCUAAUUAAUGACUGAUGUCAGAGAUGUGAUUGAUGAUGGGUGUUUCUGAUGAUGUUGGUUAUGACGAAUUACAAAGGAGAUAUUUUUUUUUCAAGUUUCUCUUGAUAGAAAUUUUUCUUGAAAAGACGUGUCGGGCUUUAUGGAAAAUAUAUGAUGGAAUCUAUGGGUUUCUGUGAAGGUUGUGUUCUGGUAGAAGUUUAUCGCUUAACAAUUUCUACGAUCACAUGGCGUACCAUUCCAGAAGACAAGCAUUUCAUUGUAACGUGGACAUUGUAUUUCUGAAUUUCAAAUUUAAAGUUAUUUUCUGUAAAUUUAUUCCUACUUUAUGCUGGUCUCUGUUAAUUAAGAUAAAUGAACAGAUUAUGUUCCUUACACCGGAAAAUAAAAUAACGAUUCUACGGCUAAUGUAAUUCCUCAGUGCUGACAAUCUGCUAGUACAAAAUUCUUUCUUAAAUUACUUUCACAUUCAGCAGCAAAUAUAAGAUCUAUUAAAACUAUAGGAUUUUUUUUAAACAUAACAGCGUGGAAUUUUACUCCAAAUAUUUUACACCAGAGUGCACACCCAGGCCUUGAGUUUGUCAAAUGCUUUUCAGCCGAAAAUGUAUAAAUUUGCAUUGAUUUCCUAUCGUGAAUAAACUGAACCUCUUCUUGAAA